AUGGCUGCCGAACAUCGCAAUCUCAAGAUCCUCCUCAUCGGCAAGGGCGGCCGCGAGCACGCCCUGGCCUGGAAGCUCACGCGCUCAAGGUCUGUCGAGCAUGUCUACGUCGCGCCUGGAAACGCCGGCACGGAGGCGCUUCCGAAGGCCUCCAACUGCCGAGACGUAGCGAGCGAUGACUAUCCUGGGCUCAUUCGGCUGGCGCAGACUCUCGGCAUCGACCUUGCUGUCGUUGGACCUGAUGACGCCAUUGUGGGUGGACUGGGCGACCACUUCCGGGAGAAUGGUAUUCCCUGCUUCGCCCCAAGCAAGAGGGCGGCGGUUAUCGAAGGCUCCAAGGAUUAUGCCAAGGAUUUGAUGUACAGGAGGGGCAUCCCUACCGCUAGCUACAAGACUUUCGAAAAGACCGACUAUGAAAAGGCCAAGGAGUACCUGAAAAGACUGGGCCACAGGGUCGUCAUAAAGGCGGACGGUCUUGCCGCCGGUAAGGGCGUCAUUCUCCCCGAGACGGCUGACGAGGCACGGGAAGCCCUCGAGGAUAUCAUGCUCAAUGGCAAGUUUGGUAAAGCUGGCGAGACGGUCCUCAUCGAAGAGUAUUUGGAAGGCUACGAGAUCAGUGUGCUCACCUUCACUGACGGCAGGUCGGUCCUGUCGCUCCCUCCCGGCCAAGAUCACAAGCGGGCCCUCGACGGCAACAAAGGGCUGAACACGGGCGGCAUGGGCGUGUACGCACCGGUUUCGGCCGUGUCCGCCGCGCAGAUGGCCGAUAUUGAAGAGACCAUCAUCCGGCCUACCAUUCGUGGACUUGAGCUGGACGGGAGGCCAUUCAAUGGCAUGCUUUUCACGGGAAUCAUGAUGACGCCUUUGGGGCCCAAAGUGCUCGAGUACAACGCCCGGUUCGGAGAUCCCGAGACGCAGAGCAUGGUACUCCUCCUCCCAGACGAGGCCUUGCCCGAGCUCCUUCUCGCGUGUGUGGAGAACAGGCUUGCCGACGUCAAACUGAGCGUGUCUUCCGGGUUCGCUUGCAACGUCACCGUAGCGGCAGGAGGGUAUCCGGAGUCGUACCGUACGGGGGACACCAUCCAGAUGGACGCCACUCCCGAGGGCGUGCACGUCUUCCACGCAGGCACCGAACGAGUCAGCGGUGAACUGAGAACGGCGGACGGUCGCGUCUUCUCCGUAGCGGCGACGGGAAACACCCUCGAAGAAGCAGUCUCAUCCGCCUACGAGGGAGCCAAAGGGAUCCGCUUCGAGGGCAUGUUUUAUCGCAGGGACAUUGGAGCAAGGUGA